UAUAUUUCGCUCUUGUUUACAAGAUGGUAGAGGAGGAUAUUUCGCUCUGACUUUUAAACUGAAAGUAUUUAGACUUCAUAACGGUAUCAAACCUUUGCCGAAUUAAAGGUGUGUGUCUCCAGGUGAAGCAGGUUAACUCUGACUGUGGAGGACUGAAUGUCGCUUUAACCCGAGCCGUCUCUCUGACUGAACAGCUCUUUUCUGCACAGUCACUGACAGGCUGACACACAGGACUGAACCCCUGUUCAAAUCACAGUGGACUGUAAACUGGGCCUACGGGAGGGACCUGAAUCCAGCCGAAUGAACAGAGCGGCUGCAAAGCAUCUAAUCGAGCGCUACUUUCGGCAGUUAACUGAAGGCUGUGGAAAUGGCGCCUGCACGAAUGAGUUUUGUGCGUCGUGUUGUGAUUUUCGACCUUUGGAUAACAAUUCAGCAGCAGCCAAAGCGCUCGAGCUGUUUAAGAUUAAUGCCAAACUCUGCAAUCCUCACCCCUCCAAGAAAGACUCCGGUGCCGACGACGAGGACGAUAAGAUGAGCGAUGGCGACCCCUGUCCCACCAAAGAGGACUUCUCAGAUGUUCAUUACCUCACAGAGGCCACCAUAUGUAUGCUCCUGAGUUCCUGCGAGGAGGAAGGGGACUACUCCGCUCUGGUCCGGGUCAUCGGCAGGGUUUUCUCAAACACAGAAAUCUUAAUGAAGAGUUUCAGGAAGGAUGAUCCGGACGCUGCUGAAAACUCUUUCAAAACGACGGACGAGUCGGACAAGAAGGAGAACCAAAGUGAACGACCCUCGGAGAGUCUGGGUGCAGGUGCUUUACCGGAAGAGAGUCCUCGCGAUGCAGACGACCUUCUCGAAGUCAGCGUGGACAUCGAAGCCGUGCGGAGAGUCUACGACAAACUUCUAACCAACGAGCAGGUGGAGGCCGCUCUCGUCAACGCCAUCAUAUACCUCACUCCAAACAUGGAACUCGACCUGGAAUACCUUGACGUGUACGAAACAAACCCAGACUACCUGAACAUCUUUAUUAUAGUGAUGGAGAACAGUAACCUCCACAGCCCGGAGUACCUGGAGGUCGCUUUGCCGCAGUUUUGCAAAGCGAUGAGUAAACUACCCGUGGCGGCACUCGCCAGAUUGUCUAAACUCUGGUCCACGUACGAGCUCCGGCACAUCCGCCGCAUGAUGGAGACCUUCCAGCAGCUCAUCACGUUCACGGUCGUCAGCAACGAAUACGACGGGGAAAACUUGGUGAACGACGACGAGACGGUGGUGGCGGCCACGCAGUGUUUGAAAGUCGUCUUCUACGCGAGCAUCCAGGGCGGAGAUGUGGACGUGGAGCACAACGAGGACGAGGAGGAAGACUCGGAGUCCGAUGAACUCACCCUGCACGAGCUGCUGGGCGAGGAGCGACUCUAUAAGAAGGGUCCCCGAGUGGAUCCUCUGGAGAGAGAACUAUGUGUCAGAGCGUUAGAUAGCAUUAAUCCCCUCAUCCCCUUUGAGGAUUUUAUUAACGAGUCUCUAAACGAGGUGGUGGAAAUGGACAAGGACUUCACCUUCUUUAAGAUCAACGCCGAAUCCAAGUUUUCUUUCCAGACCUGCCCCUUCAUCCUCAGCGUCAUCACCAAGAGCCAAGGUCUUUACUACGACAACCGGAUCAGGAUGUACAGCGAGCGACGCCUCACCGCCCUCUACAGCAUGGUCCAGGGUCAACAGCCCAACCCGUAUCUGAAGCUCAAAGUGCGCAGGGAUCACAUCAUCGACGACGCCCUCGUCAGACUGGAGAUGAUCUCCAUGGAGAACCCGUCUGAUCUAAAGAAGCAGCUGUUCGUCGAGUUUGAAGGGGAGCAAGGUGUCGACGAGGGCGGCGUUUCAAAGGAGUUCUUCCAGUUGGUCUUGGAGGAAAUUUUUAAUCCUGACAUCGGAAUGUUCACCUACGACGACGACACAAAACUGUUUUGGUUUAACUCGUCCUCACUGGAGAAUGAAGCUCAGUACACCCUGGUUGGACUCGUUCUUGGGUUGGCCAUUUACAACAACUGCAUCCUGGACGUUCAUUUCCCCAUGGUGGUCUACAGGAAACUCAUGGGCAAGAAAGGGACUUCCUUGGACCUGUCAGACUCGCAUCCAGCUCUCCACCAAAGUCUGAAGAAUCUGCUGGAAUAUAGCGGCGACGUAAAGGAAGACAUGAUGCUCACCUUCCAGAUCUCACACACAGACCUUUUCGGGAACCCGGUUUUAUACGAUUUAAAGGAGGAAGGGGACCAGAUCCCUGUGACCGAGGAGAACAGACAGGAGUUUGUGGACCUGUAUGCUGAUUACAUACUGAACACGAGCGUGGAGAGACAAUUCAAGGCCUUCAAGAAAGGUUUCCUAAUGGUCACAAACGAGUCCCCGCUGAAAUAUUUGUUCAGACCGGAGGAAGUAGAGAUGCUUAUCUGUGGAAGCAGGAAACUCGACUUUGAAGCCCUCGAGAAGACAACAGAAUAUGACGGAGGAUAUAGCAAAGACAGUCAGAUAAUCAAAGAUUUCUGGGAGACGAUCCACUCGUUUGGCGAGGAGCAGAAGCGGUUGUUUCUUCAGUUCACCACAGGCACAGACAGAGCGCCCGUUGGAGGGCUCGGAAAAUUAAAAAUGAUCAUCGCCAAGAACGGCUCUGACACAGACAGGCUGCCAACUUCUCACACCUGCUUCAACGCACUGCUGCUCCCAGAGUACUCCUCCAAGGAAAAACUGAGAGAAAGACUCCUCAAGGCCAUCACUUAUGCCAAAGGAUUUGGGAUGCUGUGACAGAUUGUCGUAGAAAGUUUGAUUAAAACAAAGGGAGAUUACAAAAGAAUAGUGAGGGAAAGUACAUGAAACAAAUGCUGCAAUAAUCCUGUGCCUAACAAACGUCAUACCCAACUGUCGGCCUCUCACUCUUCAAGGCCUUACGUCCUUUGAGAGGUAGUUUUGAAUACAGAUCAUUAGGUUUUCCAAAGAGUUUAGCACGGCGCUUAAAGGAAUACCUUGGUAUAUUUAACCCAGGGCCUUUUUUUUUUUUUUUCUUUUACAAAUGUUGAGGGUUUAAAAGGCUAAUAUGAAAAAACAGUUUUCAACUGAGCCAGUAAUCUCUUAUUCGGGGCAAAAGUUCCCAAAGUUUUUGUCAUUGACUGAUUCUGAGUUUUAUUCCAGAUCUCUAAGACAAAACAAAAUUAUUACUUAAAUAAAAAAACACUUUAUUCAAUCCUGAAACAUAAACUGUCAACAUCGCUGAGGAAGAACCAUUUCUUUGUUUGCAUCAAAGCCAACAGACUCCUUUUGAAAAAAACUGCAUUUUUAACUGGUAUGACCAGAGCUGCUCGUCCACCACAGCCUUGAUCGGCUACUUCUAAAUAAAAUGUUAUGAUAUGCCAAGUAGAAUCAAAGAUAUCUUAAUUAUCCCUGAUGGGCUAUUUGUUUUACAGCCAGCUGUACCACCUAACUAGUUAAAAAAAACAAUAGAAAGAAAAAAGACAUCAGAAAACACACGAGGUCAAUGACGAUAAAGAAAUAUCUUAUUGGGCUCUUUAAAAGGUUAUUAGCAGACAAGACAAAGGAGCACGUUUGUUGUUUUAAAUGCAGGACAUAGUCUCACAAAAGCACAAAUAACUUUACCAAUCAAGGCAGAGGUGAACCAACAACUCCCAUUUCUGCAAGGUAAAUUUCAGUUUUUAUCAAUGGGCUCUGUUGGCAUCUAAGAGAGCAAUGUGACAGCUGCCUUUUUUUUUAUUUAAAGGUCACAUGAAAAAUACACUUGAACAUGUUUUUCCUAUAACACUAAUAUGUGUCUCUAACCUGUAAAAGUCCAUCCUCUGCGUCUUUUGCCUGCUCCACUUUUCAGAAAGAGUGUACUCAAACAAGCCAUUUGGAGGUUUUCCCUUUGUGACAUCACAAAGGGCAGUAACCCCUCCCCCAGGUGGAUGACACUCGCACAGCUAGGUGUUUGUUCUGCCCUCUGAGUCUGCCGUCUUCGCGUAAACAACAGGGCAUGGAGCGAGAAAGCCCAAGCCACAUCCCUUUCCAGAGAGGGGCGUGGUCAAACACAGCUCAUUUACAUUUAAAGGUACAGACACAGAAACAGCCUGUUCUGAGCAGGGCUGAAAUAGAGGGGUUUAUAGACAUGAUCAAAUACAGGAUCAGAGUGGAUUUAGAACAAGAAACUUCACAGACAUGUUUUGCGGACCUCUGAGACUUAUUUAAACUUUUUGAAAAGGAGUAUUAUGUGACCUUAAAGCAUUGUAUUCAUUAUAUUGAGCGGCUACUUCAGAGGAAGUUUUAUCUGACAUUUAAAAAUAAAAUCUGAGUGUUUUAGACCCCCAAAUAUAUAAAAAAUAUAUUGUAAAUAAAAUCAGUCCAGGUUUAAAGAUACCAGAUAACCCUUUAAAUAUUUAGUUUGUUUUGUUCUAAUAAUAUUUGAUUUGUGAAGCUGUGAAAGUGCACUUAUACACAUGAUUUCAGUGAAUGUCAGCACAUACAGUAUAUUUAUUGACUUUGUUUGACUUUUCUUGUUCUUCUUGGCGUAGCAGUAUUCAGUCGUCAGUCUCUCUUCCCACAUUACAGUGAACUGACUAAUGGUGCUCCUGGUUAUGAUUGUCAUCGUAGUACAUUGAGGUGAAGCUUUUUAUAUUACUGCUUGCCCAAUUAGCCGCACUGACAAGCCUAUAUUUAAAGUAUUUCCUGUCUGUGUAAGAACAGAGAGAUGUCACCACAAACCUGAGGGUUAUUUUUAAGUGUUUCUGUGUUGUGCCUCUUGUUUUACCUAAAAGAAUAAUACUGUGUGUUUUGAAAAAAAGUGAACCUGACUUGGUGGUUUUAAAAGCUUGCAGGUUUUCAGAAUGUACUGUACUUAACUGACUGGUCGGUUCAGACUUUCACAUCCUGAAAGAAGUGUUUCCCCUCCUUUGGUUUGUUUGCUCCUAAGUGUUUCAUGCUUGCACAUUUGUAAGUGAAGUUGCCAAAUGUGCAAUGCCUGCAUAAGGGAAAGAGUCACAUGAAGUGUUUUAUUUGGCCAAAUAUCUCAGGUACAUUAAGAAUGUGCAGAAAAUGUGAAACUCUUAUGUAAAGCAACUAUUAUGCAAAGUAAAUAAAGAUGAAAAUAUCAAAGUGUAA